AUGGAUGUCAGAGCAGAAGACAGGGUGGCAGUGGCCAGGCUGCUGCCCUGCCACUGGGUGUUGGAUGCCACUUUCAGUGAUGGCAGUCUAGGCCAGUGGGUGAAAAACACAUGUGCCACAUGUGCCUUAGCCCCAGUGGUGCUCACACCUCAGCCUCAGCCCCAGAAAAAGUACACAGAUAAGGACUUUUCUGACUUUCCUCUUGGGCAUCUGAGGGAGGUGAGGCUUUUUCUGAGGGGUGGAACUUCAGAUCAGCGAAUGGAUAGUCUUGUCCUCUACCCCACAUACUUCAAGCUCUGGAGGAGCCCAUCAGGGUCCCCAGGACAACUUUCUGACUUCCAUUUUGGGAGUCAGCUGGAGGGGAAGUUUUCUCCGAGGAGAGCAGCUUCAGUUAAGCAGAGGGAGAAACCCCAGGACUGGCCACUCUGUGAGAAGAGAGCUCUGUGGAAGGACAGUGACCUUCCAACAUGGACGGGAGGCGCAGGCUGCACCCUGCCACUCCCUGCUGUCAGCCCUGGAAAAGGAUGUGGGGAGGAGGGCAGGGAAAUAUGGAUGAGGGGCUUGAAGGGAGCAGGAAAAGGUGGAGGGGUACUGAGAGGUGGGCAGGAAGGGGUGGAAAGGGUCGGGGAGAGAGGAGGCCCCGCCCCAUGCUGCCCCUCCUGUCAACCCUGGUCAACCUUGGCAGGGUUCUCGCAUGUGCUUUCCCGACUUGCACUGUGGGAGUCUGAAGGACCUGAGGCUUUUUGUGAGGAGUCUGGACUCAGGUCAGCAGAGGGAGUCUUAGACCUGGCCAAUCCUCAAGGACUUGCAGGCCGCUGACAGGAAGAUGGCCGCUGGGGGCUGACCGUGGCAUCCCCACAACAGAAGAAGGGAGGAGAAGACGAGGAUAUGCCUGCUGCUGGGAUGCCACCUCUUCCCCAGAGUCCUCCUGAGAUUCCUCCCCAGGGCCCUCCCAAGAUCUCUCCCCAGGGUCCUCCACAGAGUCCUCCCCAGAGUCCUCUAAACUCCUGCUCAUCCCCUCUUCUGCGGACCCGAUUGGAUGAGGAGUCCAGCAGUGAAGAAGAGGAGGAUACAGCUACCUGGCAGGACUUGCCAGACAGUGAAUCCUUGCCCAGGUAUGCCCUGGAUGAAAAGGUGGCUGAGUUGGUGCAGUUUCUUCUUCUCAAAUAUCAAACAAAAGAGCCUGUCCCAAAGGCAGAGAUGCUGACGACUGUCAUCAAGAAGUAUAACGACUAUUUUCCUGUGAUCUUCGGGAAAGGCCAUGAGCGCAUAGAGCUAAUUUUUGGCAUUGCCCUGGCUGAGAUGGACCCGGACAACCACUCCCAUUUCUUUGAAGACCCAUUAGGCCUCACCUAUGAGGGAAGCCUGACGGAUGACCAGGGCAUGCCCCAGAACUGUCUCCUGAUUCUUAUUCUCAGUAUGAUCUCCAUAAAGGGCAGCUGUGUCCCUGAGGAGGUCCUCUGCGAAGUGUUGAGUGCAAUAGGGCCCAUUCAGAGGCCAGCAAGAGAAGUCCUAGAGUUUUUAGCCAAGGUAUUCAGUAUCAUCCCUAGUUCCUUUCCAUCCUGGUACAUGGAUGCUUUGAAAGAUGUGGAAGACAGAGCCCAGGCCAUCAUUGACACCACAGAUGAUGCUACUGCCACGGCCAGUGCAAGCCCCAGUGUCACGUCCACCAACUUCUGUCCUGAGUGA